UGUAACAUAUGGCAAAAAGUUAUGCAUUAUAAUUAUAUUUGAUGGUCUAUAUUGUCAUUUUGGCGUUCCAUACUGUUUCUGUACGUACGUCGUAUGGACGUCGACGGUCGCGUGGGUACAUGCAGCAUGCAUGCAGUCCAUGGCCAAGCUAAGCAGAGGUAUUUAUCUGUUUAUGGAGGCACAUUAGACUACUGCUGUUUCUGCCGUAUCUGCCUCAUUACAUCAAAGGUAGACAUUACAACGCCUCAAGUUCGUGAGAAAUGGAGACGCAGACCGGCCAAGCAAGGAUGGGAGCUCCGGGUUCCUUGAGAACAGCCCAUGCUAUCAAUGAAAGGGAGAGAACCAGUGAUGUUUUGACUGAAGAGAACAGCAAUGUUGACUUCUCAUCUAUGUUCCUUUCCGAACCCGUGACGGCCGGAUUACAGAAAGUUGGUUUUGAGAAACCUUCACCUAUUCAAUUAAAGGCAAUACCACUUGGGAGAUGCGGUUUAGACUUGAUUGUCCAGGCUAAGUCUGGCACAGGGAAGACGUGUGUGUUCAGUGUCAUAGCUCUAGAGGGAAUAGAUCUCACCAAUCCAUCUACUCAGGUUCUGAUUCUAGCCCCCACGAGAGAGAUUGCAGUCCAGAUUCAAGACACUAUUCGAGCUAUAGGAUGUGAGAUGGAGGGACUACGUUCUCAUGUGUUUAUCGGAGGUACUCUAUUUGGACCAGACAGGCAGAAGUUGAAGAAGUGUCACAUAGCUGUUGGUACACCAGGACGUAUCAAACAGCUAAUUGAGUAUGAAGUAUUGAAGACCGGAACUAUCAGGCUUUUUGUCUUGGAUGAAGCAGACAAACUACUUGAUGAUACAUUUCAGGAGCAAGUCAAUUGGAUUUACAACCACCUUUCAGAUAACAAGCAGAUGUUAGCACUCUCCGCAACCUACCCCGAGUACCUUGCCAAACAUCUCACUAAGUAUAUGAGAGAACCUAUGUUUGUUCGACUCAAUCCAAAGGAUCUCGCAUUAAGAGGCAUCAAGCAGUUGUAUGUGGAGUUACCUGGCCACUCUCUUCCUAACAAAGCAUUUGAGAUCAAGGUUAUCAAACUGCUGAAAAUCCUGACUCAAGUAUCCUUCAAUCAAUGUCUCAUCUUCUCCAACUUACAGACAAGGGCUCAGAAUCUAUGUGACAUCCUCUGUGACUCUGGUUGGCCUAGUGAGUGUAUAUCAGGUGCACAGGAGCAGUCUCAACGACUCAGUGCUAUGGCCAAGCUAAAGAAAUUCCAGUGUCGGAUCCUCAUCUCUACGGAUCUAACUGCCAGAGGUAUCGAUGCUGAGAAUGUCAACCUGAUCAUCAACCUAGACAUUCCAACCGACACCAAGACCUACCUUCAUCGCAUUGGGAGGGCGGGGCGCUUCGGUACCCAUGGAGCUGCUAUCAGCCUUGCUUCCAAGGGUAGGGAGAUGGAACUACUCAGGAAUAUCCAGCGUCAGUGUCGAGUGACAAUGACAGAGCUACCUGAUCCUCCUCCAUCUUAUUUGCUGAAGCAGGACCACAACUCAACGGGACUUCAACAGGUUUCUAUUACACCACAGCCUCUCCUCCCUGCAGCCAAGAUGGAUUCUACAAGAAAUACCACCACAGAUGAUCUGGAAAACAAUGCUACUGCUGAAACAUCAGAUGAUGCUUUGUUGACUUCCUCAGUUGUGAAUAAAGAAGAAGACCCCAUGCCAAAAUCUGUUAUCGCAAAUGGGACGGAUGAACAACAUUCACUCCAUAUGGGAAUCAAUGGGAGUUGUCACAAGAUGGAAGAUAGUGCUGAUAGUUUAGCGGAUAGGAAGACAACAAAGAUUGUGGAAAGUAUGGUGGACCAAAAUCCUAUACCAAAGACUAGAAGAGGAGUCCAUGAACCACAGAAAGUUGAUGCAUGUAUCCAAACUGUGCAGGAAGAUGUUGUUCAACCAAAGGCCAAGACAUCACAGAUAAGAUACGUUACUGGAAGUGGGGAUCACAAAGACAGACCGACAUUACCGAUUGGCUUUGAAGAUGCCCCAGAAGUGAGGAAGCUCAGUCUUCCUCAAGUGUCCCAUAUUAAAAGAGGAGAUGGAUCAAGAAGAGCUCGUACCUGGUAUAAAGGUAAAGAAUCGUUUGAAAAGUUCAUGAAGGGUCAAACAGUGGAGACUAAAGGUCAAGGGUCAGAAGAUGACAGGGUAGACAAGGAGACGGAUGUCAUUGAGCAGACAGUGAAAAAUGACAAGGAACUGUCGGUUGAAACAUCACAGUUAGAAGGUGAAGAAAAUGAUGCAGAUGUGUCUUCUAGAAACUCUCAUGUCACAUCAAGCAAAGAUCUCAAUAUUGGUGAUGACUAUCAGAACAAAUACAAAGAUGAAGUCUACAAUGGGAGUGGAAAUGCAGAUCGUGAAAUUGCGCAGAAAAGGAUCUCUGGCUUAACACCCAUCCAAGAGAUAGAGAGGUACAGGGGUCUACUCUGUGAUACAUUUAUACGCAAUCACUUAGGAAGGGGAGACAACUCUACUUUGAUCAAACUUGAACAUCAUGAUGAGGCAAUUACAGCUGUAACAGAGGCAAAAGAGACAGAGUCAGUAGAAAGUGUGACUCCUUUAAUGGACAUUUCUUCAGUCGUGAACAAGCAAGUGGCAAGAAAGUUAGGAGAUAAGCAAGAUGCAAAACAGACCCAGUGCACAUCAAAAGUAACCAAAGACAUUCAAGAAAGCGAUGAGACAGUCAAAGUUCCACAGGUUGAAAGUAGGCUUCAUCACCAAGUCUCCAAUGGUUCCCCAGACAUCCGAUCAAGGAAUGAACCUGAAACAGAAACUAAACCAAAGGUUAGGAAUACUACAGGAGGAAAGAAGAAAGGGAAGCAGCAAAGAAUCAAACAACAUGUCUUCCAGAUGAGUACCCUCGGUGCUCUGAUGUCUCCCAAAGAACUUGAUGUAGCUCUCAUCAGCAAUCCAAAUACCAGCUUGUGUGAUGGUGAUUUGGACACUAAUGAUACUGACAGAGAAAAAGUUGAAAGAUUUCCUUUGUGUAACAAGAUAAAUGUGACACAUCAAGUUCAUCAUACAAAAAAUGGUUAUGAAGAAAGCCAAAUUCCAGAAUUGGGUGAAAGAGAAACCUUGAAGGACAAACAAGUGAGAACAUCAGUUCAGAAAAGUCUUUCCCUAGAAAAUGACAGUUCUGUGUCAUCAUUAGAUGACCCUGUGUGGGCAAUUUUCAAAAAUUUCAUUCCAGCAUGUCUUCCAUCAGAAGUUGGUAGAAAGGACGCCACACUGUCAGAUCAGUCUUCAAGCAGUUUGUGUGAGAGUAACACAAGCACUUGUAGCUCUUCUUCAAGUGAAACUGAUAGUGGAAGCAGCGGUACCAAUGGAGAAGAAGAGGAAGACGGCAAGGAGGCAUCUGAGAGCAACCGCAAGAAUAAGUGGAAAGGAAAGGAACCUGCAAGAAAUGGGAGUGGAAAGCACCACAUGGGGUUAAAUCAAGCCAAAGCAAAGGAGAAGAAUCUUUCUAAAGCUAAUAGCUGCUACAAUGAAGAAAAUCACUACUGUGAAGGACAAAAUAAAUAUCCACAAUGUCCAGAUGAUCCUAGCUGGACAACUGAACAAUUUCCCAAUCAACCAAGCUUUAAUGUAGAGGGUUGGGAGUAUGAUGGAAGCUAUGAUUACUAUGCUGCUGCUCCAAUACCUGGAGCUGCAUACCAUGGAAGGCCAUACUCAAGUUACUCGCCUCAGGGAUACACAAAUAGUUAUUGGAAUGACUAUUACCAUGGAUAUGCCCAACAACCUUAUGCUGGGUACCCCUAUUUCUCUUCUUGUGAUCCUCCCCAUUAUUCUUGAAAAACACUCAAGUUAAAGUACAUGUCUGUGUCCAGUUGGAGGUGCUUCUGAAUUUAAUCGUGCUCUCUAAGAAUGCAAACGAAUGAUAUCCCACUCUUUAACAAUUCGUCAGAGGAAUUAAUAAAGAUAAUUGAGCAUGGAUUGAAGUGAUAAACAACUUAUACAUGAAUGUAGUGCUCAUUUACAAUGUACUACGUGUACCUCAUCCCCCUCUCUUUCUCUCUCUCUCUCUUUCUCUCUCUCUCUCUUUCUCUGUCCGCUCUCUGCCUUCCCCCACUCUCUCUAUAAUACUCUCUUUAAUAUCACUUAAUGAAUUUCCCUCAUUUUUGGGGUAGUAAAUUGUGAGAAAAGAACCAAAGAUGAUUGAUCAGAGGUGCAGUAUCUUAUCUGAAUGCAGUGAAAUUCUUAAAUUGCUUAAGUUCAAACACCCUAAUUGAAGAGUCCUGAAACAACAGCUUGAACUUCUGUGACAAUAUCUUGUUUAUGAGACUUACAGUUGUGACACUGUACUGCCUAUUCAGAUAGAGGGCGACAUAUAUCUGUUCAAAGUUAUCAUAGUUGAUCGUGAUGAGAUUCAUCUUCUCUGCUGCCUUCGUGCUCAGGAGAGGAGUCGGGUUCUUCUUCCUUAAAAGUGCAGCUUCAUGAAAUGAAGAUUAACGCACUGUGGGUUAAUGCGGGCACAGCCAAUAGUACGUAGACAAGUAUUUUUGGUGCUUUAAAGGCUUGAGUGAGACAAACUCUCUUGGGUCUUUCUUCAGAGAGUUCCAUUCUUUGCUGGUGCAAUGAAAGAAGGAGGAAGAGUACACUUGAGAGCUGUAGUACGGAGUCCAGAAACGUGAGCCAUGGCCUCUGGUGAUGAACGUAGAUUCAGUGAGAUAUUGUUUCCUACAUCAAGGAUCAUUCCAUGGAUGGAGUAGGUUGAAGAUGAAGGCUUGCGCUUGUUUGUUAUGCAAACAACUUGGCUCUUGGAAGGAUGGAACUCCAUUAGCCACUUUCUUUCCAUUAGCCACUUUCUUUCCCUUUUCUGCAAGGCAUCUAAGUCUUCUUGAAGUAGUGCAGCAUCCUGAGGUGAUGUGAUUCUCUUGUAGACCGCACAGUCAUCAGCAAAUAGCCUUGCUAUUAUAAUCAACAAGAUAUUUCUUGUUAUCAACAGGAUUUCUUGUCUUGAUAUUGCAUUUUCCUAUUGUAGUGAGUGUUGAUUCGUUCCAAAUUUGAAUCUGCACCACUUCCUUUCUUAUUUCGUUGUGAGGAACGACAUUCUUCCGUGGGAGUAGAUUCACUGUAGCCAACAUCAAAUUCUGUAGAACUUUGCAGGAAUUAUGAAUAUGUCAUGCAUGUCCUAUCUGUGAAAUUUAAACGUUAGCAGUGUCCCAAUAUUCAAAUUAUGCAAGGAAACCUGUUCACUUGCUAGACUUCACCGUCAGACACUAUGGAGUGACUGACUGGCUUUUUUUCUUCUUUGGUAAUAACAUACAUAAAAUGAGCAGAAAGGGUACAUGAGCAUUUGUCUACAUCAAUAACCCACUUCUUGUAAUGGCCAAAAUUAAACUGAUUGAAUCUUUGCGCAGCAUAAAACGUACGGCCAUUCGCUACAAUGGUCUGUAAAUCAGACUAUUACUUACUGGCCCUGUAGCUUUCAAGUCAAUUUCGACAACUAAUAAUCGUUAUUAACCUUUUCAUUUGUUUGGCCUGCAAAUGGGACAUAGUACCUUUAAAACAUAAAUUAGUCUCUCUGAACCUUAAAGUUUAGACAUUUGUAACUGUCCAGGGGAGCUAGUAAAAAUUACUUGUCCAGUUUGUGUUUAUUUCCGGUCCAGUCACAGGGUUUUAUUCUCUUUUAACAAUCCAUCAACUAUGCCAAGUAUGGCCUGGAUAGUUAAAUGUGUCCGAUUCACUUGGCAAAAUAUGUUUCAUAUCCACUAUCCAUGUGUUGUGGAUGCAUGCAGGUGUAUUAUUUUCACCUUUAACUUUUCACCGUGGUGCGAUACACAUGUGCUACAUAUGAUCAUGGUUCUAUGAAGAAGAGUUUAAAACAAAGGGAAAGGAUCCUAGAUAAGAA